CCGCGCAUGGACACCCCGUGCUGCCGCCCCUCUGACCCGCGCCGCUCACCGCCCCGGCCCCCACCGGGCUCCGACACGGACGACGUCCUGCAGAUCAUGGCCAUCACCGACCAGAGCCUGGACGAGGCGCAAGCCAGAAAGCAUGCUCUGAAUUGUCAUCAGAUGAAGCCUGCUCUCUUCAGUGUGCCCUGUGAGAUCAAGGAAAAGGCAGGGUUGAACAUUCGUGGCAUUCUGGCAGAGGGUCCCCCUGACGCUCAGCUCCAAAAGCUGGAUAACAUGCUGCUGGCCGAGGGCAUGUGCAGGCCCGAGAAGCACCGAAGAGGAGCCCAGGCGGCGGCCGGCACAGCAACCCCAGGUGGCUGUCCAAAUGACAAUGCUGAGCACUCUGACUCCAGGGCCAAGCUGUCCCAGACCCGACAGGUUUACCCCUCUGAGCUAGAGAAACAUGAACAGGCCUGCCGUGAGUUCACCACGCAUGUCACCAGCCUUCUCCGGAAGCAGAGCAGGAUAAGGCCUGUCUCGUCCAAGGAGAUCGAGCGCGUGGUGGGCACCCACGGCAAGUUCAACAGCGUCCCGAUGCAGCUGAGGGAGAGCACCUGCGAGGCCGUGAUGACCCUGCGCGCGAGGGUCCUCGACGCCAGGCGUAAGCGGCAGAACUUCGGCAAGCAAGCCACGGAAGUGCUGAAUGAAUAUUUUUAUUCCCAUGUGAGCAACCCUUACCCCAGUGAAGAAACCAAAGAAGAGCUGGCCAGGAAGGGUGGCAUCGCCGUCUCCCAGGUCUCAAACUGGUUCGGCAACAAAAGAAUCCGGUAUAAAAAGAACAUGGGGAAGUUUCAAGAAGAGGCUACCACUUACACAGGUUCCUUUGGUCCCUUUCCGAUGACCAGCACCAGUGACACACUUAUCACCCUGCAGACGCUGGCCUCCCUCCGGCCCGCCCCUGGGGAAGGCAGCCUUCUGGGCCAGGCCAGGGGUGGCUGGCAGGUGAGGCGAAUGUCGACCGCUUCACCUAUUGGAGACCCCGGCAGGGUCACUUCAAACGCAUCUAAUUAAGUGUUGGGAUGAGCAGAAAAGAGGACGGUGCGACCUGCCUUGGUUCCCUGGAAUUCAUGUUUCCUCAGAAAACCCAGAACUGACAGCAGACAGCGCUCCCUGAGCUGACGGCAGGCGACACCGGUACCAUCUUUUGCUUGUCAGCUGGGGUUUGAAAUGGGCUGAGACACUGCUCGUUCUGCCAACUCCGUUUGGUGUUUUUUACAGUAAUUUUAUGGUUAAGGCUGAAUUGUUUCUUCCAGGACUUGGCACAAAUUCUCCCAUUACAGUUUUGGACCGAUUUUAA